GUCUUUGUUCGAUUCCGCAUUUGCAAAAAAAAAAAAUGACAGUGACGGACGUUGCCGCGACUGCCGUGCUGUACCCCCUGUUCUUGGUGUUUGGCGUGCUCCAGUUUAUUGUUGCACUCGUCAUCAACACGCCCGCACUCGUCGCAUGGGCUCUGUCUGGCAAAGCCAAGCGCAGGUUCCUCGAGUCGCUGUGGGGCGCCGUGCACAAGCAGCCGUUGGGCAGGGAGCUGAUUUCCACGCUGAUGGGCAUCCUCUCGACGUACACUGGCUCCGUGUCGCCGUUCAUUGCUCAAGUGGACGCCACAGAGACGCUCGUCCAGCUGACCGAGCGCCCGUGGCUCCGCAACCCGUUCACCAGCAUCCACGCGCUGGCAAUCGCGAACGCCGCCGAGCUCGCGAGCGGCCUGCUCGCCACCCGCGCCACCGAGCACUUUGGCGGCCGCGUCAUUGUCACCAACAUUAGCGUUGCCUACGAUCGCAAGGCGCGCGGCGUCAUCUCGUGCCACGCGCAGCUCACCCCCGAGCAAGUACGCCAGGUCGAAUCGAUGGCGUCCAGCGCCCAGGCCGGCAAGCCGGUCGACGAGUCGCUCGUCAUCCAAGUCAAUGUCCUCGACUCCAAGAAGGAGAUUGUCUCUCGCCUCCAAGCGACCUGGGUUGUUCGUGUUUCCGGUGGAAAGCGCGCUUGAGCAAUACAGUGCCAUACGAUCGUUCGUUUCUUUCUCUAUCGUUCUAUCUCUCUGUCUCUCUCGGCUAUGGUUCCAGUCGCGUUCCUAUGAGGCUCGACUCGAAUUGCAUUUACACUACAUUACAUUACAUUUGUCGUCG